ACACACAGCGCGCGCACACACACACAGACGGACACAGCGAGACGCGCGGAGGAGAAAUAACAACCUCUUUGUUUCCUCAUCGAUCCAGCAGCCUCCAUCAGCCUCCACAGCCUCCACAGCCUCCAGCAGGCUGAUGGAGAGCGGAGCUCCGCUUGUCCGCACCGGGGGCGCGUUGAUCGGAUGCCUUUCACCGCAGCAGCGCUGUUAGAUGUUUUCCAUUCAGGAUUAAUUGGUUGACCAAUGGCUCCAAAACAUGCGCUCCUCUCCGGCAGCGGCAGCAGCGGCGGCCCCGGGGUCGGAGGGGUAGAUAAUAUAGGAGAUCCCCAUUGUUCCUCUCCGGCAGCAUGGAUCCUCGAUGCGGGCAUGGUGUCCAUCUGCUCGCCGAGGACCGGGAGGAGGAGGCGGCUGCUGGAUGGGAUGCUGGCCCGGUGGUGUGUGACCGUCGGAGCGGUGCUGAUGCUGAUGCUGCAGAGCUCCUUGGCCGCUGACGCUGAGGGACGUCACCAUGAGUCAAUGAGACGGGCUGUCUUGCCUCUGGACCCCGCAGUGCCCUCCAACCUCUCAGCCUUCCCCAGGACUGGAACCAGAGCUGGGGCGAAAGACAAAGAUGCGAUGGAUGGGACUGACGCUGGUCCCGGAGCUGGACCCGGAGCUGGACCCGGAGCUGGACCCAGAGCUGGACCGAGAGCUGGACCCGGAGCUGGACCCAGAGCUGGACCCAGAGCUGGACCCAGAGCUUGGCCUGAGGGUAAAGUGUUUGCUGAGGCCAGAGCAGCGGUUUGGACUGAAACAGAAGCAGGAGUUCGUGCUGGGGCAGGUGUUUUUGCCGAGACUGGGAUUAUGACGGGAACCGGCGCCUGGGCUGAAGUUGGGGCUGAAUGGAGCCCGGUGGAUGCGGAAGGGGGUGGCCUGCCAAGCAUGCCCAGGGACCCGGCUGCCUGGCUGGGGCAGCAGAGGCUGCAGACGCGUGGAGAGGGCCAAAGAGAGCAGGCAGUCUUCUCAUCAGUCCCCACCAUACUGGCAGAGCUGCAGGCACCAGCGUUGGGAAAACCUUUAGGACUGCUGUCUAAAGCUGCCUGGGCCAAAAGCUCCUCUUACUCGUCAUCCAAGGCCUCUUCCUCCUCCUCAUCUACAACAAAAGCAUCCUCUUUGCCUUCCUCCUCUACGUCCUCCUCCUCUCCAGCCAGUAAAAGAGACAGUCAGACAGCUAGAUCAGACAACGUCUCUCUGGUCGUUGUCAACAGCAACUCCUCCAACAGCAAUAGCAGCUCCAGUUUAGAAGAGUCGGUGAGCAGCCCGCCAGCCUGGGAUCUCCCCACUGUCCCCGAGUCCCUCCUGUCCACGGUGGGCGACCAUGACGUCACGCUGCCCGCCAACAUCACCAGCCCUUUCUCCACCCAUCAGUGGAACACCACCAUGCCCGUGCACACCAGAAACACCUCAUGGCACAUGACCACAUCAACCACCACCAUAAACUCGUCUCUAUCACCCACCACCACAACCACAACCACCACCACCACCACCUUAACUUUACCCUUAUCCACCACACCAAGAGCACAAACACCAUCGGAAUCCACUACGGUUUCUCAGCCCACCAGCCAGGACACUGUGACCAAUGAUAGCCUUCAGCUGACGACGGUAACCAUGACGACACCCUCGACGACCACUCUUACUGUGACUGCUGCUGAGAUGAUGACACAGGCGGUGACCAAUGGGAGCGCUGUAACAGUAUCACCAAAUACCACUGCUGCUACAACCACACAGCAAACAACAAGCCUCAAACUGACCACAGCAGCUGCAACUCAGCCUACAACCACCACUACAACCACACCUGCCACUACAACCACCACUACCACGGUCCCCCCAACCACCACCACCACUACCCCUCCAACCACUACUACAACCACUACACCUGCAACUACUACUACUACUACUGCCACUACCACUACUACUACCCCGACAACCACAACGACAAAGGUACCUGCCACCACUCUGUUCAUCCCGAUCGAAACCACGCCGCCUCCCACCACGACCACUGAACCUCCGUCCAGCACCAGAGCAGAGGAAAGUCCUCUACCGUGCAACGUGACCGAGAAGUACUGGGUCAGAACAGUUCUGUCCAUUGAGCUACGUAGGAACCGCCUAGAUCUGAUCCUGAAACAGAACCUCUCUAAAGGACUGAGCCACGCCCUGCAGAGAGCCCUGAAUGACUCUACAGCCAACGCACAGGUGGAACACGAUGACUGCAGCCCACACAACGUGACGCUGGGUUACUACGUGACCAGCGGCAAAACUGUCUUCAUUUCCUCCUUGGUGGUCGAGGCGCUGCAUGUUUACGGUUUUGACAAGCUGCUGUCGGACAUCAGGCAGCACACCCCAUUGGUUAAGGCAGUUCUGGUUCCCGUGGCAACCUGGGUGCCCGCUCCGAGCAUUCACCUACAGCUGAAAACAGUGUUGAGGUUCGUCGGCCCAACAGAUAACAUCUACUCGUGCAGUUUUGUCCAGAUGUUGGAGCAGAGGCUGGAAAACGCCUUCGACGAGGCUCAGGACAAAGUGCUGGAGACCUACAACAGGCUCACUGUCGAGAUCCAGAGCGUGUCCCAGGAGCCGGGCUCUCCGUCGGUCUCUCUGGUGUACGUGGUGAAGAACCAGGAUGCCAUUCUUAACGGGACCAUCUCCAGCGGCCUCCUCAACCAGCUGACCGCAGAGCUGGUGGGAUACUUCCUGUUUUACCCACCCAUGGUCAUCGCUGAGCCACUUGAAUACCAUAAUCUCAACACGUCGAUGGCAACCAAGAACUAUUGGGUGAAAACAGUGAUCCAGGAUGUGGACAGCUCCUCCCUGGAGGCCAACUACCAGAGCUUUGCCAGCCUGAUGGAGCAGCGGUUGGCCGAGCUCUUCCUGGUGGCCGGCAGGCAGGGCCCUCGGACGGCUCGAUCUCGGCGGGCCACCACUGUGGGGAGCUACACCGUACAGAUGGUGAACAUGCGUCGACUGCCCGGUCCCAAGAACCCAGCAGAGAUGACCUACUACGCCCAGCUGAACGGAGCACCCGUCACUGGAUCCACCGCUGCCAAGACCCUCAGCAGUCUGGACUCCCAGACCAUGGCUCUGACGCUGGGAUACUUUGUACAAGUGCAGGCUGAACCUGUGGUGAAGACGCCGCCCGGCAACCUGUGGAUCAUGGCCGUUCUGACGCCUCUCUUCCUGUUGUUGGUGGUGAUCAUCAUGGUGUCCUUCAUUAUGUGUAAGAGGAACAGGGUCAUCUUUAAAACCGGAGCCUUCAGGACCUUCAAAACCCGCUCCAAGACCUCAUAUCGAAGGGAGGGCAGUUACCACCACCAGCCUGUCCAGGGCUUCGACUACGCCAAGAAGCACAUGGGUCGAACGGGCGAUGAGGCCGUCUCCGUUACCAAGGAGACGCUGGUGCUGGGGCUGCCUGUACGAGAUGCUCCAUUGUCGCUGUCAUUGGAUAAGAAGGUCCACCAGGAUGGGACCGCCAUCAAGAGGCCUCCAUCUGCUGACAUACACAAAGGAGGGCGGUUGCCAAGCGAGGACGGCUCGGUGUCAAGUAGCGGCUCCGGGAAGCUGAACACCAGCAAGAGCUCCUCAGCCCGUAGGACGGCGACCGGCAGCAGCACCAAGAACAACGGCAAGGAGGAGCUUCACAAGAGGAACACCAACGACCCGUACGAAGACCAUUCAGGCUCUCUGCGUCUCAUCACCAUUAAGCCCAUGACUGCUCAGCCAACCUACUCCUACCCGUCCUCCUCAUCCCACAGCCAAGACUCUGUGGUUCUUAACGGGGAGGCAAACCACAGUGGGCUGAAGCAGAAGUCGGACAUCGAGCACUACAGGAACAAACUGCGCCAGAAGGCCCGGAGGAAGGGCUACGGAGAGUUCUCUCUGUCUGAGACAGGAAGCCAUGGUUACAGUCACCGCGACGCCAGGCACAGUCGGCACGACAACGGGGUCAAGGAGCCGAUGACCGCUGAGGAGAAGAGGGCCUCCUUCGCAGGAUGUCAUAAGAGGUACUCCCACCCACGGGAGCCCACCUAUUGGAGCCGCCAGUCUCUGAGCAGCCCGAGCCCAGUAGAGACAGAGAUGGACCUGCUGGUGCUGAGAGAAAGAUCCAGGAGGGGCAUCCGGAACAACGGAUACGACGCCGAACCGGAACCGUUCGAGGAGACCAACGUGGACCGUCUGAUGAGCUCUCUGGGUUACGGAGGUGGAUCAACCGGCACCGGGAACGGCAGCUUGGGGGUGAAAGCUCACCGCGGCUCCGACUCCUCCACGCUCAGCUCUCAGCCGUCCAUUGAUGAGGUCCGCACGCAGAUGCACAUGUUGCUAGGCAACGCCUUCAGCCUGGCACCUCCGGACCACGACCCCCCUUCUCCUCCAACCAACAGCCGCCACCAUCACCACCACCAUGCCCACAGAGCCUACAAUCCGUCCCACACCAGCCACUACAGUGACGGGGUGACGAGCGCCCCGGGGACCAUGAACCAUCCCUGUGGAGGCCGGCAGAGGAGUGCAGCCUAUGAGGACAUGCACCAGUGUAGCCUGCCCAAACCGGGUUUCCGGUUCACCCAGCUUCCUGAUAUGGGCAUCGGGUCUCCCCCGCCGCUGAUCCCCUCUAGACCAGGACCACCACCUGGGACCUCAUUACGACGUUCCACCCCUGAUGUUAGUCUGAAGCCCCGUGUGUCAGAGGCCUCAGACCUGCAGGCCCAGCAGCACAACGGUGUCCCCUACCUGCCGCUGUCCAGGACCCCCUUCCCUGCCGUCACUGUCGACCAGUCCAUCUCCACCUACUCAGGAAACCCAAUAACAGCAGUCUAUGCUAUAUCUGCCAACCGCCCGGGUUACUCAGACUACUUCGUCAUGUCGCCGCCGUCCUCGUACCGGAGCCCGUCCUGGAUGUCCUACCCACCCGAGCAAGAAGACCUGCCGCGGCAGUGGAACGACACACCGAACUCACGUCAUCUUGAAACCAUCUGCUGAACAAACAGCUGAUAGCUUGUGUGGAUGGGCAGAGGACGUCCCUCUCAUUGAAAACCCUCCGGAGCUUUACCCCCCCUCCUUCACUUCGACCCGGCCGUCCUCCUGUCUGAUGUAUUCAUCACCGGUGGACCACCGUAUCCACAACUCCCCCUCUCUCUCUCCACUGGGCUGGCCUUCGUCCAUCCUCUCUCAGCCCGCUUCAUCUGCAGCUCAGAGCGUUUCUCAUCCCUCCCCCCGGCCCCCCGUCCUCCUCUGCCCCCAUAAGCCCUUUCACCUGGUCAAAGCUCUGCUUCGAUCUCAUCACCAAAUGUUCAGCCAUGAUUCUCUCUCUCUCUGUCUUUAUUCUCUCUGCUCCCUGAGCCCCUGGCCCCUCACUGGCCCCUCUGGGCCCCGAGUCUCUAUAAAGUAGACUGCCUCCUCUGUGGUGACCACCACUGUACAGCAAGAGGCCCCUCACACUGCUGAACUGAACUGAGCUGAGCUGAGCUGAGCUGAGCUGAGCUGCGUGAUUCUGUACUGUGCUUCCCUGUGGAGGACCAGGGCGAGUACAGUACAGUGUGACAUGCAGGGCGACCUUUCAACUAGUUCUCUGCCCCAGCAAUCACAGUAACUGCCAUCUGCCCAGCACACGAUGGCACACGGCGCUGCGUUCAGGACAGUAGUGCCCCAGCCGUGGCCGGUAGUCCACUCUGAACUGGACUGGACCAUCCUGGACUUGUCCCUAAUUUCCACCAUAAAGCCAGGACAGCUGGACUGACUUAAAACUGUGCUUUUUUUUUUUUUUGAUGAAUCCAAAUUCCUACUGUAUGUAAACAUUCUACAGCUGGUUAAUAUGUGUAUUUUAAACUUAAGUGAGAAAAAAAAAAUCUAAGGAAAAGGGGAAAAAAAAUAUUCUCGUCUUGAGCCGUCUACAAUUUCAGUUUUUGGAUAUUUGUGUGCUUUUGUCUUUUAUUUUUGUGCAUUGAUGAUUAUCAAUGGAUUACUGUAUAAAAAAAAGACGUAGUGAGUGUUUCUCUUUCACUCACCUUAUUUCAAGGCAAAAAAUAUACGACAUUCUUCAAAACAGAGAAAUCGCCGGCUUAGUUGUCUGUGGUUCUGAUGGCUUCUCUGUACUUUUAAAAACUUUCUUUACUUUUUUCCUUUCUCAGAUUCAGUAAUGAAAACAGGAAUUAGUCACAAUGUUCUGUCGAUCAUCUGAUUAUGACGUUUAUGUCUGCUGAUCAUUAGGCAGACCUGGGUCAACUAUUCUAAUUGAAAUCCUGCUCACAUGAAGUUCUGUCUGGUAGAUUUGCAACCGCUGGAGGGUUCGUUUGGCUCUUCACAAAAGGACGAAGUUAAAUUAAAAGCAUUUACUAUAAAGAGGUGAAGUCCCGCCCCUUCUGGUGGACCACCAUGGGACCUGAUUUCGGAAAAAAUACGAACGGUAAUCAACGGAGAGACAUUUUUUUGGGGGAUUCCCUUUGAAUUGUUCCAUGAAUCACACAUAUGAUGUUUGUUAAUUUAAAACAUAAUUUUAUAAGUCAAGAAAGUCUCAGUUUGUUGUAAAACUGUUGAAGUAUCAGACUGUGAAAAUAGGGAUUUAGAAAGACAACAAAAGUUGCGUAAGGGACGUCUCUCUUGCUGAAGCUACGAUGUCUGUGUGUUUCCUACUGGGAUGUUCUUUCUCUUCCCAGCUGAUAAUAAGACCAGGAGUCUCUGGAUAAAACACAUCAGGUGACAUAACGUGGAACAUAGCUACGUUAGCUAACCAGCUAGUGUGACGUAUAUUGUGCGAGACAAGAGAUGUAGUUCACUGAGCGGUUUCCAUGUGCCGUUGACUACCGUUUAUAUUUUUUCCAAAAUAAGGUCCCAUGGUGGUCCACCGGAAGGGGCGGGACUUCACCUUUAAAUGAUGACUUGGAUUUGAACUGAUUUCUAUUGUGGUUUGACUCGGGUCUGUUGCUAUUAUGUGAACACACCAGUAUUCUUAGAAAAACAGUUCUUUUACUUGAAAAGGUGUCUACUGUAUUCUACUGUAUAAGGAAAUUUGAAUUUUGGUUGUUUUGGUGGUGAUGAAGAGGGAUGAAUAUUUGGUCACUGGACUAUGGUGUAGUACUGUUCAAGAGACUUGCCGGGCUCAGAUGACUCGUGUAUGUAACGACUAAAUGUAUUACUGUAUAUAGCAGAUGAUUUAACGAAGAGAUUUAUGCAAGUACUAUGGGAGGGAUACUACGCUUGACAUUUUUUCUGACGCCAUUUUUCCUCCAUUUCUUUCCACUGCGUCUAUGAUGAAGGACUGUUUUUGAAUCUCCUUGACUUUCUGAAGGAUGCACAAAUCAUCUGGAUCAUCUUUUUUCAUAGUAUUGCUAACAGAAAAUAUUACAUGUAACGUAUUACUAAAGUACGGAAGUCCUGCCGAACGGUUUUCUGGGUCUGAGCUAAAUGAUUUUCUCUCCUGUGUUUAGGACUGAAGUACAGGUGAAAGAAAAAUGUUUUGCCAGUAAAAUCUUUAGUUCCUUUUUUUGUGUGCAACAGGUGGAAAAAACUAUUUCAGGCUGAUUUUUUUAAGUUACUUCUUUUCCUGUGUGAAAACAAGUUUAAAACAAACGUUUUUUUAAGGGGAUUUUUUGACGUUUUCAACGACAUUGCGUUGCUAGGCAACAUCUUGGGUCUAUAUUUAUUUCCAGUCAGUUUAUGCCGUUCACAUACACUGUAACAGGAAAUAAACUGGGACACAUCUGGAAUGUAUACGUUACCACUGUGCAAUAGUCUAUAUUGUCUGUUAGCAAGUUAUGUAACAUUACUGUCAUGUCUUUAUUUUGGCUAGAAAUGUAUUUUAUUCGGCGCUAAUCUGCCGUUAGCGUGAGCUAAAAAAAGAUUCUUCUAACUGUUUUCACUAAGAGGCAAAGAAAAAACAAGAAAAAAAGGGACUACCGGCAAAACAUUUUUUCCACCUGUUCUGAAGUCAUAAACACAGGAGAGAAAAUAAUUUAGACCAUGCUUCGAAAAAUGUAUCACCAGAAAAAAAAAAUUCUUGCUUGCCUUUCAGGGCUUCCGUACUAAGGGGACAGAUGGAGUAUUUAGAGUGGCUUGCAGUAAAAAGGCAUCUUACCCUGCAUUUACACUAUUCUUUAUGUUUGAACAAAGCUAAUAUAGCCAUAAUAGUUAAAAUAAUGCAAUUUUUUAGUACAAAGAAUGUCACAGUCUAAAUUAUAUUUACCCUCAUUUUUUUCUGAGGAGAACUGGAAAUCUGUGAGCACACAGUAUGUAAGGCUCCUCAUCACUUAGAUGGCACUAAAGGAGAUUAUAGCCAUAUGUUAACUUCACCAAGUGG